CUCCGUCGGGGCUGCCGGCGGGUGGUGAGCUUCCUGCGGGGAGGGCAGGCACAGCACAGCCCGUGGAGGCCACUCUUCUCCUCCAGUCACCACGGCCUCCCGCUCCCCGCCACCGCCCGGGACGGCCAAGAUGAAGUGGAGGAGGAUUGCCACCUUUGCCAUCUUGCAGGCAUGGCUCCCAGUCACAGAUGCUGUACCAGUUCUUGGACUGACAGACCCAAGACUCUGCUACAUGCUGGAUGGAUUCCUCUUCAUCUACGCAGUCGUCAUGACAGCCCUUUUUGUGAAAGCGAAGCUUAGCCAGGCCUCUGCACCACAGCUGCAACCAGGCCAGGAUGACGUGUAUAAUAAACUGUCUCGUGGACACCGAGAUGAAUAUGAUGUUCUGGGGGCAAAGCGAGGAGCAGACCCUGAGCUGGGCGGGAGACACCAGCAGAGAAGAAAGAACCCUCAGGACACCGUCUACACAACACUGCAGAAGGACAAGAUGGGCGAGGCAUACAGUGAAAUCGGAAUGAAGGGAGAGCAGCAGAGGCGGCGAGGCAAAGGGAAUGAAGGUCUCUACCAGGGACUCAGUACAGCAACCAAGGACACUUACGAUGCUCUCCAAAUGCAGCCCUUGCCCCCCCGCUAAGUGGGAGUCACGGAGGGGAUGGGCAAGGGUGAGAGAUGCCUUUUUCAUGCAGAACAAGCGCCACGUAUUUUCUCAGUGCAGCCACCUACUGUUUGUUGUUGGUGCGCAGAGGGAAUAUGUCUGGACUUGGUCAGACCCUUCUCCCUUGAAUCAUGUAACUGCAAGCUUUAGCUAUUAAAAUGUACAUAUCUGUAAAGUUGUUCCCAAUAACAGUGGUUAUUAGGCCCGUUUUUAUAAGAUUUGUGUUGUGGAACCAGACCACAUCUACUACAACAUCUCUUUCCAUAGCUCGUCCUUGCCAUCCGGGGGUAUCAAGACAUGUAAUUAUGGUUUCAUUGCAUUUUAAGAACUUAUAAAGAUAGGGCUGUCGUUAUCUCCUGUAGUAUUUAUCUUUAGGCUAUUUGCCACAGGCCAGCUAAGCCUUUUGCUUUAAAUUUACCUUUUAAAAACUGUUUCAGUGGGGUAUGACUUUUUUUUUUUUUUUUUUUUUUAAAUUGUAAAAAGUGACUUGAUGUUACUGUAGUGAAGGACAGAGGCUAAACACCAGCUUUUCAGUACGAAGAAAAGGCGCACUAAGCUCCAAGAAAAGAUCAAGCAAUGGCAUUGCCACUCAUCCAGCGCCUGGAGCUAAGACUUCUCAGGUGGUGAAAGAUCCCUGUUACAAUGAGAACAAGGAGUCUGGACUCUGAUAAAGAGAGUAAUACUGGAAAAGCCAGGAAAACUCACUCUGGAGAAUCCCAUUUGGCUGAAAGGUUCGGCUGAAACUUCUGCCCCCUCACCUUAGCAACAUCUACAACUAUCACUGCAGAACAGGCUCCCUCUGUAAGACUUGGCACAGUAACUCUCAUGUCAGAAACAGAUCAAAACUACCACUUCUGGGCAACAGAAACUGUAGAAAAGCCAAUGUAAAUGCGGUUUCCAAACCAGUCUAUCAGCGGGUUACCUUUAAAAGAUGAUGCAGAUAUUAUUCCAAAGAGAUACUAAUUCAGUAAUGUAAUGCGUUUUUGAUGAAUUAAUAAAG